AAAAAUCGGUUUUCUUCUGAACGUACAAGACGUGUUGUUCCGCGUUCAUAACAAAGUGGAAAAAUUUUUGCUAGCAAACGUUCUAAAAUGUACUUUAAUUUUGUUACGUUUUUGGUUUUCCACCAUCGAUGAUCGAUUUUCUUCGAAAAUGUCACCAAGGACCGCCUGCUCUUCUAUUUCGAGUGUUGUGAAGAAACAGGGUGCAAUAUAUGGAAAAGCUGUAACAGGUGUAGGUGUUAUCAGUGCAUCGAAAACGUGUGUGUAAAAAGAAAGAAAUUCAUGUAGAAGAUACAGUGUUGAAGGUUUCAUCUUCAUAACCAAACAAAAAACAGAAAGGAAUCGUAUUAGCUGGAACGACGUCUUCGACGACAAUUUUUGUAACCUUGAGCGGCCUUUCGAAACAUUGAAAACAGGAAACAAUUAACUACAUAUAGACCACCCUGAUGUCGGAUUGGACGGAAGUACUGUAACAAUAGCACCGGUGUUGUGUGUUUCUAUGCUUAGAAACAUACGUCUCGAAGCAGAAGACAUGAUAGCGGCGCAACCGACAACCCUUGUUGAACAUUGGUUCUGUCGAACGGGCGUACAAAGCAGCAACAGUUUCCCUUGAGUGGGCUAUUCAUAACGCUUGCAGCGGAAGUUGGACGGUCGGUGCUGGCGGAGUCUGCAAAUUUCGGUGCAUUCCUCUUCUGAUCCAUUACGAUCCGUUGGAUGAAGAUGACAACGUCCGGUGGAACCGUCGAUGGAGCCAACUGCCAACGUAAGGGGCACAGGCGAAAUGAAUCCAUGUACGCCAUGACCGGACUGUAUUCGGAAGCGCAAACCGACGACAGCAGCGCAGAUAUUCCGCAGGACACCGAAUCGGAGUCAUUGCCGAUGUCGGUGAACACUGCCACGACCACGACAACCUCGGCAACGGCCACUGCCGACACCGUUAUCAAGUGCCACAGCCGACAACCGUCCAGCAGCGUCAUGAUGGACCGGGAAAAGCCACUACCGAACGUGCUGCUGAUCAACGACGACUACACGCGCGACUGCGGCAUCUUAAACUGUCGACCAUCGGCGGUUCAGCACUUUGCCCGAAUAAAGGUGUUCGUCCUGCUGCUAUCAAUCUUAGUAACGUUACAACAGGCGCUUAGCUCCGGUUACAUUAACUCAGUGAUUACGACAAUAGAGAAGCGGUUUGAAAUACCGUCCAGCCUGUCCGGAUUGAUUGCAUCUAGCUACGAAAUUGGCAACGUUAUCACGGUCAUCUUUGUUAGCUACCUUGGCAGCCGGCGCCACAUCCCGGUCUGGAUCGGCAUUGGUGCCGUCAUCAUGGGCAUUGGUUCGCUCGUGUUCAUGGUGCCACACUUUACCGGUGAGCCUAACCCGGGCAUAAUGAUUGACAAUAAAACGUCCGACAACAUCUGUCGGUUGGUGUCGGUACGUGAGCAGGAUAUGGGUCUUGGGAGGCUCUCGAAUAGCCUUUCAAAUCCACCACUUACAUCUCACAAUUUAAGGGGAGACAAUUGUCUCAAAAGUAAAUCGUCAACCUUCGGGCCUGUGAUACUGUUUGUAAUUGCGCAAAUAUUGCUCGGUGGUGGCGGAAGUCCACUGUUCACACUCGGCACCACGUACGUCGAUGAUCACGUCCGGAAGGAAAGUUCAUCGAUGUAUAUCGGUGCCAUGUACAGUAUGGCCGCCUUCGGUCCAGUUCUUGGCUUCCUGCUCGGUGCCUAUCUGCUGUCCUUCCAUAUGGAUUCCUUUUCCGGUAGCGAUAUCAAUAUCGAUCCUGACGAUCGUCGAUGGGUUGGCAUGUGGUGGGGUGGCUUCCUGGUGUGCGGCAUCCUGCUCAUCAUUGUGGCGGUACCGUUUUUCUCCUUUCCGAAGGUUCUAACGCGCGAGAAGAAGAAAAUACGCAUUGCCGAACAGCGGUUACCACAGCUGCAGCAAUUAACAUCAAAUAAUUCCAGCAGCCUUCCCCGAUCGCAGCCGAAUCUGGCUCAGCAGCAAACGGGAACUCUACAACAGCAGCACCAGCAGCAGCAGCCGCAACAACAACAAACAGGACACGCUGCCAAUAGCGCACCGCAAGCAAACAAAACGGGCGAGGACACCGGAUAUGGCAAGGACAUAAAAGACAUUCCCCAGUCAAUGUGGCGUCUGGUAACAAACCCGGUGUACAUUGUUACCUGUCUUGGCGCCUGCAUGGAGCUGAUGAUUGUGUCCGGCUUCGUCGUGUUCCUGCCCAAAUAUCUCGAAACGCAGUUCAGCCUGGGAAAGAGCCAAGCGAGCGUGUUUACCGGUUCGAUCGCUGUUCCGGGCGCCUGUAUCGGUAUAUUUAUCGGCGGCUGCAUACUAAAGCGCUUCCAGCUGAAGCCAAAGGGUGCUGUUCAGUUCGUGCUGAUUUCGAACUUGAUAUGUCUGUCCUGCUACGGUUUGUUGUUCUUCCUUGGUUGUGAAAAUCUGAAAAUGGCCGGCACAACCAUACCGUACUACAAUAGCUCGGCCCACAACGUAGAACCGUUCCAGGUGAAUCUAACGGCGGCGUGCAAUUUUGGUUGCGAGUGUCAUAUGUAUGACGUCGAGCCAGUCUGCGGCAACAACGGGUUGACCUAUUUCAGCCCCUGCCAUGCCGGUUGUACCGCGUUUUCAUCUAGCUCGAAUUACACAAACUGUGCAUGUGUACAAGCAAACGUUACUAACAACAGCAUUUAUCGAGGCGCAGAAGGAGCACAAGCGCAAGCCCUGAACGCACAUGAAGCUUUCGCCGAGGUUACGGUUGUGCCAGUAGCAACUGCGGGUGUUUGUAACACUCCUUGCCGCACGAUCUAUCCCUUCUUGAUCCUUUUGUUCUUCAUGACGUUUGUCGUGGCAUCGACGCAAAUGCCACUACUCAUGAUUGUUUUGCGAUCCGUUUCGGAAGAGGAACGCUCGUUUGCUCUCGGUAUGCAGUUUGUCAUAUUUCGACUAUUCGGAUACAUCCCGGCUCCUAUCGUUUUCGGCAAUUUAAUCGAUUCAUCCUGUCUAUUGUGGAAGUCAACAUGCGGCGAAAAGGGUGGCCGGUGUUUAAUCUACGAUAUUGAAAAAUUUCGCUACAAAUACGUUGGAUUAUGUGCGUCAAUUAAAAUUAUUGCCUUGGUGAUCUUCAUCAUUGACUGGUGGCUGGUGAGGCGGCGGAAAAAUUUGGACAAGAUGAAUCCACUGUCCACUAAUGAGCUCGUUGGAUCGAUUAUAAGUUUAGACAAGUUAUUUGAGGAAAAGAGUGCUUUGGAUGAAAACAUUGCGGUACCGUUCAACGGUGAAUGCAUUUCUGGAGACGCACUGGCAGAAAACAACAAGCGCAUCUUGGUCGCCAGUCGUCAUCAGCGAAAUGAUUCCAAAACUAUUCAGCUGGAAUACAGGUACGACGAUGGUGUCCAUCAGCCGUACCGUUUGCCACCGGCAGCGUCGGCAGCUCGCAAACACUACCGCAGCAAUUCCUGUGAUAUCAAAAUCCAACGCAGCAAUUCAGCAACAAACCGUGAAGUAGACUUCCACGAUUGGAAGUUGAAGCGGUUCAUGCGGCACCACACGCGCAACAACUCGCACGAUUACAACAACGAACAGCAUCGGCACCAGCAGCAAACAUCCUCUUCCUCAUCGGGUCAUCUCGGCCGGUGGAUUGCGCUGCAGCAGCAUCAACACAGUGCAGGCGAUCAACAGCCCCCUUCGCUGGCGUCGGGCGGUGCCAGCAACAUUCGGUACAUACUAAACCAUCUGAAGCCGGGCGCUAGCAGUGGUUCGGAUCACGUGAAGCUGGGCUAUAGCAGCAGCUGCAGUGGCGGUGCAGGCGCUGGUCCAAUAAAGAAGAAGCGCCACACGCGCAACUACUCUUACGGGCAGGAGUUCUCCUUCCUGCCAAAUAAUGUCAUAAUUCGGCUGGAUAACGACAUUGCAAACAAGUUCCUCAGCUCCACCGGUGCCUCCAUUACCGGUGGUGGCUCGUCACGGAAAAGUUCCUUCUCGCAUGACGUGGCAGUGCUGAAGAACAACAACAUCGGUGUGCCGGGAUGCGGCGGUGUGUCUAGUGCGAAGCUGAACAACAUGAAGCACAGCAGUGAUCUCAACGAGGAGCUUGAGUCAAAGUACGGCAAGGGUCACUCGCGCAAUAAUUCGCGUGAUUUGAAUUUACUGAAUCUCGCCCCCAGCGCGCUCGUUGGUGCCGGUGCUGUAGAGCAGAGUGCUCCGAGUGGCAUUCUCGGUGGCAUCAAAUCACUGAUCGAAGACUCGAAUAGCAUACUGCGUCAUCGACGCACCAACUCCAAGGAUCUGAAGUACGGCGGAUACCAACCGUGCAGUGGUACAGAAACGGCCACAAUCGGUGUCGGUACUAACGCACUCGCGCGCAAGCUUUCCGCGGCAACCGUUACACUGCCAACGGUCGAUUCGGGCCACGAGUCGACUGGUCUUGCUGGGCGGAGUUCAUCCGUACUGGCUCCGGUCGUAGCCUCCUGCCUUUCAACCAUCGCAUCCGACGUAGGAAGUGUUCAGCCGGAAUCUUUGCAGCUUCUGUUGGACAAAAACAGCGUGCUACCGGAAGAAGAACCGACCUGCUGUUCUUCACCAUCUGCAUCUUCCUCUUCGUCAUCGCCAUCCGCCUCUUCCGCAUCGUCAUCUGCAGCAAACGUUUAGCCGGAGUUGAGAUGUCUUAGGCGGUGCUGGUGGCACUUUAUGAAUGGUGGUGAUGCAUUUACGCGUACGCUUGUCUCUAACUAAAGUAGAAAACGAGCCCCACAAAGGUUGGAACUUUAAGCUUAAUCGUAACACAAUCUCCAUGAGACGAUACAAUCUUUGUUUCUUCAAUUGUUUCUUAAACAAUUGUGGCAUGCUAGCACGACUAGAAAAUCGAAACGACGACGAAAAGCCCGCAAAUCCAAUGCUAGCAGUGGUUUCAAUCCGUUAGUAGCAAUGUAAAGAUUAGAAAAAGUUAUUGAUUUGCUCCUCAACACCCAUUCUAUGGUGGAUGCUGUAUCGACACUGAACUUGAUGGUACUGGCGUGGUGGUCGUGGUCUGUGGUGUAGACCAUUGCAGACAUUUCGUGCAUUUUAACAUCAUUGCUAUGAAAAACGGAAGGAAAAAGAUAUCAAACCGAUCAUGGAAAUGAAUUGCAAUGAAUUGGCGUGUAUUUGGCUGCGUGCGUUUGAGAUAGAUUGUGUGUGUAUUUAGCUUAUAAACAGUCCUACUGUUGUGGGAGCCAGAAAGCGUCAGAAGCGUACGAAACGGACUAUUGGGAGCUUUCGUCCGGACUGUCUCCCGGUCGAGUGGAACAUGGACUGAUAAACUGAGUGUAUAGGUAACGCAGAUGUAAUAGCAAUAUAACUAGAUCCUAUUAAUAUGUACACACACUACAAUUGAUUCUCACACGUGGUUGUGUUGAGUCCAGCACAGAAUGUGAUGUGGGGAAGUUUUGGGAAAUCUCACGUCGAAUAGUUGUAUAAGAUGGUAAGAAAUCCAGUUAAUAAUCUAAAGCAAACACAUAUUUUUUAUAUCAAAUUAUUAGCAAAAUGUUGCAGGUUCGCAUGUGUCCGUUUGGGACUGCAGAAGAAUGAGAGGAGAGAAUGAAUGAAGCGAUAAGAAAUUUUAGUGAAAUGAAAUGUACAAUGAAAGGGAAAAGAGUUUUUGCAGAGAGGAAUGAUAAGAAAGAUAGGAUGUUUUAAUGUCCGAAAGGAAGCCCAGAAUAGAUGAAUGCAGUUAUAGCCGUAAUAGGAAAUCAAAACACAGAGAGAGAGAUCCCCGAAUUCUUUAUCAACAAUCAACCACUCCGAAAGCGGAAUACAAGUAUGUUUCCCCCUUUUAUUUUUCUAUAUUUUUUUCAUAGGUGACUACCGCCUACAAGAGGUCCCACAAAAAAGCGACUGUUUAAACUGAUCCUUUUUAUUCACCGAAAAGAGAACACAGAUGCAACACUGAAAUCGUAUUUCUUUCUUUUCCACGUUAGCAUUAUAGGGAUGCAAUAGAGUUUUACCUAGACGCAGGUGGUGCAAUAGAGACCGAUUUUUAGAGCCUUUCGACUGGGCACGGUUAACUAAUGGAGCUGUGAGAAUUAAUUAGCAAAUGCGUUACGAUAAGAUAUGGCCUGUGGGAACAGAUAGACGCGAGUGGGUUGUGACACGAUACCGAACAUUGUAAUGAGUGGAACAUUAGCUAUUCAGUGUACAGAAACAAAAACAAAGAGAAGAUUGGAUUCGAAAUGUGACCAAAAGCAGGUUGCCUAUUUAGUUUUUGCUUUUCGUUCAGACGACAAAAAAAAGGUUUUGUUAUGUGUUUUCGAGUAUGUAGAAAAAUAUUAUAAAAAUCAAAUUAUUCAUUUGCGGCUCGUUUUGUGCUCGUUUUUGGUGAGAAGAAUUAACUGUUGUAUGCUUUUCAUUCGGUAACGCAGUUCCGGUUCGUAUUUCAUUCAAUUAAGAUAGAAUCAUUGUUGGACAGAAUUUAAAAUGUAGUAUUAAUUGAUGGUAAAUUUUCCGUAACCAAAAACAAUAACAGAAUCAUGUAGCAAAACGAAACAGGACUCGUCGGUUUUGUACAUUGCCUUUAAUUUCUAAAACUAAUAAUGUUGCAAACAAACAAAAAAGUGCAGACUACUGAAGUGGGGAUGGGUAAUGUUCCGGUUUUAUUGCAUGAUAUAAAGUAAUAUACGUUUCGUAACAAAAAAUUAACAAAAAAAAACAAAGUCUCAAAUGUCGCCACCAUAUACAUCGUUUGGUAGGUUUUUUAAUAGCAUCUGCAUAGUGCAUUGGAGCGCAUAUAUUAGAGAGAAUUUAACCGUUUACGUAGCACAGUCGCACAGUCCUUUCACGGCGUGGGGAUGUGACACUGUUUAGUGAGUUUUAUUGCUUUAGAGAGCGCUCCUUUUGCUGGAUAGGUUUUUGGAAUCUUUGCAAUACCAACCAUUGAUUAACGGUCCGGUUGUAUGCUCAUUCAUUCCCUUCAUUUGAUCCGUUUCAUAGCAUUUAGUGAUAUCCAGUCAACUAGCAUCAAUUAUUAUCAAUGGAAGAUCAAUAGUUACGAGAAAACCGUACUUGGAAAGCAAUUUAAAACCUUUCGUAAAUUAUGUGGUGUCUGUUUUAAACGUAGUUGCGCGCCGUUGUGCACUCUCUUUACCGUCGAUAAUCGAACAAUGUUCCAAACAAAAAAAAAACCUGUUCCUCUCUAGGGUCCUGCUGUGCUAAAUAGAAGCUCGUUCACGCUGUACGCGUUGUUUGGUAUGGAAAAACAAAACAAACCAGGAAUUAUUAAGUAAGAUAAACAACAAGAGUAGUGAAACAUCCUCAUACACACACACAAAAAAAACACCACACAUCCGAUCCCAGUGCGUUAGAAGUCAGCUGCUCAUUAAAAAACAUACAUAUCGUGCAACACAUAGCCUAGUAACAAACAAUACAACACAUAAUAGAACAAACAAACAAAAAAAUAAGCAAACGCGUUCACAAUGCAUUUGAUGGGUGUCUGUGUGUGUGUGGGCGUGCAGUGGAGAUAAUAGUAAUAAUAAUAAAAGAAAUAAUCCUUUCACAAACCGUGUCCUUAAGCUGGUACCAGCGCCUGGUACUGGGCGAGCAACGUUUAAUACAAAAUCGCUACAAAAAAAGCCCUUUGUUGGCAGGAAACAAACGAUAAAAUCCAUGCUUUGCUUUUGGACUGUACGUUUCAUCCUUUUCAAUCGAAGCCCUGUAGAAUCACGUUUGCAUUAACCCAGUUGUCAAUUAUUGGACGAGAGCUUUCCUGGUUUUAUAACAUGGCGCAGCUCCUUAGCAACUCCGUUCCGGGAUCAUUAGUCGCGAAAAGCUCGCGCUCGCGAAACACUUAAGGGAACAUUUUAGGCCACGCUUUAGCUAGCAAACCCGUCUGUCCCUUUUUGAUGAACCAUAAUGCAGUACUACGUGCUGUAUUGCAGCUGAGCGCAAUUAAAUAAACCCAUCCAAAGCGUGUAUAUCCGGUUCAAAUGAUUGGCAAACAACGCAGCAUUUCAACGGCGGAAUUAGAUAAUGGUUGCCGUAGACCGGGAACAAACAAACAAACAAAAAUACCCCCGGUUAGUUAUUCUUUUAUUUUUAAGAUGAUUCAUAAAACUAGAAAUACAGAUUGCAAAUUUACAACAACAAAA